AUGCGAAUCAGCGACUUUAUAGAUGCAGCUACAGCCAUCAACAGACAACACAACAACGGAGAACCUCCCCCACCACGGCCGCCGCCGUCGCUCCGGCCACCUUCACAUUCACCUCCACCACCGCCGAGAUUUUGGCCAAAGCAAAUCCCACCCACAACAGACAUUGCAAAUGUUCCUCUAACGUUGGCCUGGGAUCUCAGUUCAGUGACCGAGACAUCGAGAGAGAGUGCAGCCCUUCCUACCAUAUGGACUGAUGAUAUCAGUGAGUUGCUAGCACUCUCUGGUAAGGGUAGUAUCAUUCCUAGCUUCGCUCAUAUCCAACACUAUACACCUACAACGCAAGAAGAGGAACCCACCGUUAUUUUAGAGAUGAGAGUUGCCGGAAAGCCGGCUUCAACAAAAUGGAUUCCAGUUCAGGUUCUGGUUAAGCCUAUGGCUGAUAAAAUGAAUUUCAAACACAGGCUCAGUGGGAAAUGUUGGCGGUAUGCACUUUUCAAUGAACAGUCUCGAGGACUAAUUGUGGGCGACAAGAUGGAUGAUAUGUUUGGAUGA